UUAUCACCAGACUCUCCAUCAUCGUCACCUUCAGCACCAUCUUCACCAUCACCAGACUCACAAUCACCCUCAUCAUCCUCACCUUCAUCCUCAUCAUCCUCACCUUCACCAACACCAGACUCUUCAUCACCUUCAUCAUCCUCACCUUCAGCACCAUCACCAGACUCUCCAUCACUCUCAUCAUCCUCACCUUCACCCUCAUCAUCUUCACCAUCACCAGACUCACAAUCACCCUCAUCAUCCUACUCUUCAUCAUCCUCACCUUCAGCAUCAUCAUCUUCACCAUCACCAGACUCACAAUCACCCUCAUCAUCCUCACCUUUGGCAUCAUCAUCUUCACCAUCACCAGACUCUCCAUCAUCCUCACCUUCAGCAUCAUUAUCUUUACCAUCACCAGACUCUCCAUCAUCUUCAUCAUCCUCACCUUCACCAUCACCAGACUCUCCAUCAUCCUCAUCAUCCUCACCUUCACCAACACCAGACUCUUCAUCACCUUCAUCAUCCUCACCUUCAGCACCAUCACCAGACUCUCCAUCACUCUCAUCAUCCUCACCUUCACCCUCAUCAUCUUCACCAUCACCAGACUCACAAUCACCCUCAUCAUCCUCACCUUUGGCAUCAUCAUCUUCACCAUCACCAGACUCUCCAUCAUCCUCACCUUCAGCAUCAUUAUCUUCACCAUCACCAGACUCUCCAUCAUCGUCACCUUCAGCACCAUCUUCACCAUCACCAGACUCACAAUCACCCUCAUCAUCCUCACCUUCAUCCUCAUCAUCUUCACUAUCACCAGACUCUCCAUCACCCUCAUCAUCCUCACCUUCAGCACCAUCAUCUUCGCCAUCACCAGACUCUCCAUCACCCUCAUCAUCCUCACCUUCACCCUCAUCAUCUUCACCAUCACCAGACUCACAAUCACCCUCAUCAUCCUCACCUUCAGCAUCACCAGACUCUCCAUCAUCUUCUUCAGCACCAUCCUUCUCUCUAUUGCCAGACUCUCCAUCAUCCUCAUCAUCCUCACCUUCACCAACACCAGACUCUUCAUCACCUUCAUCAUCCUCACCUUCAGCACCAUCAUCUUCACCAUCACCAGACUCUCCAUCACUCUCAUCAUCCUCACCUUCACCCUCAUCAUCUUCACCAUCACCAGACUCACAAUCACCCUCAUCAUCCUCACCUUCAGCAUCACCAGACUCUCGUUCAUCUUCUUCAGCACCAUCAUUCUCUCUAUUGCCAGACUCUCCAUCAUCCUCAUCAUCCUCACCUUCACCAACAUCAGACUCUUCAUCACCUUCAUCAUCCUCACCUUCACCCUCAUCAUCUUCACCAUCACCAGACUCACAAUCACCCUCAUCAUCCUCACCUUCAGCAUUACCAGACUCUCGUUCAUCUUCUUCAGCACCAUCAUUCUCUCUAUUGCCAGACUCUCCAUCAUCCUCAUCAUCCUCACCUUCACCAACAUCAGACUCUUCAUCACCUUCAUCAUCCUCACCUUCAGCACCAUCAUCUUCACCAUCACCAGACUCUCCAUCAUCAUCUUCAGCACCAUCAUCCUCUCUAUUGCCAGACUCUCCAUCAUCCUCACCUUCAGCACCAUCAUCUUCAUCAUCACCAGACUCUCCAUCACCCUCAUCAACCUCACCUUCAGCAUCAUCAUCUUCACCAUCACCAGACUCACAAUCACCCUCAUCAUCCUCACCUUCAGCAUCAUUGUCUUCACCAUCACCAGACUCUCCAUCAUCCUCAUCAUCUUCACCAUCACCAGACUCUUCAUCAUCAUCAUCAGCACCAUCAUCCUCUCUAUUGCCAGACUCUCCAUCAUCCUCACCUUCAGCAUCAUCAUCUUCACCAUCACCAGACUCUCCAUCAUCCUCACCUUCAGCACCAUCAUCCUCACCUUCACCACACUCUCCACCAUUCUCACCUUCAGCAUCAUCAUCUUCACCAUCACCAGACUCACAAUCACCUUCAUUAUUCUCACCUUCAGCAUCAUCAUCUUCACCAUCACCAGACUCUCCAACAUCCUCAUCAUCUUCACCAUCACCAGACUCUCAAUCAUCUUCUUCAGCACCAUCAUCCUCUUUAUUGCCAGACUCUCCAUCAUCCUCAUCCUCCUCACCUUCAGCACCAUCAUCUUCACCAUCACCAGACUCUCCAUCAUCCUCAGUAUCCUCAUCUUCAGCACCAUCAUCUUUACCAUCACCAGACUCUCCAUCAUCCUCAGUAUCCUCAUCUUCAGCACCAUCAUCUUUACCAUCACCAGACUCUCCAUCAUCCUCAUCAUCCUCUCCUUCACCCUCAUCAUCUUCACCAUCACCAGACUCACAAUCACCCUCAUCAUCCUUACCUUCAGCACCAUCAUCUUCACCAUCACCAGACUCUCCAUCAUCUUCACCAUCACCAGACUCUCCAUCAUCAUCUUCAGCACAAUCAUCCUCUCUAUUGCCAGACUCUCUAUCAUCCUCAUUAUCCUCACCUUCAGCACCAUCAUCUUCACCAUCACCAGACUCUCCAGCAUCAUCUUCAGCACCAUCAUCCUCUCUAUUGCCAGACUCUCAAUCAUCCUCACCUUCAGCAUCAUCAUCUUCACCAUCACCAGACUCUCCAUCAUCCUCAUCAUCCUCACCUUCACCCUCAUCAUCUUCACCAUCACCAGACUCUCCAUCAUCCUCACCUCCACCCUCAUCAUCUCCACCAUCACCAGACUUACCAUCACCCUCAUCAUCCUCACCUUCAGCAUCAUCAUCUUCACCAUCACCAGACUCUCAAUCAUCAUCUUCAGCACCAUCAUCCUCACCUUCACCAGACUCUCCACCAUCCUCACCUUCAGCAUCAUCAUCUUCACCAUCACCAGACUCUCCAUCAUCCUCACCUUCACCCUCAUCAUCUCCACCAUCACCAGACUUACCAUCACCCUCAUCAUCCUCACCUUCAGCAUCAUCAUCUUCACCGUCACCAGACUCUCAAUCAUCAUCUUCAGCACCAUCAUCCUCACCUUCACCACACUCUCCACCAUUCUCACCUUCAGCAUCAUCAUCUUCACCAUCACCAGACUCACAAUCACCUUCAUUAUUCUCACCUUCAGCAUCAUCAUCUUCACCAUCACCAGACUCUCCAACAUCCUCAUCAUCUUCACCAUCACCAGACUCUCAAUCAUCUUCUUCAGCACCAUCAUCCUCUUUAUUGCCAGACUCUCCAUCAUCCUCAUCCUCCUCACCUUCAGCACCAUCAUCUUCACCAUCACCAGACUCUCCAUCAUCCUCAGUAUCCUCAUCUUCAGCACCAUCAUCUUUACCAUCACCAGACUCUCCAUCAUCCUCAGUAUCCUCAUCUUCAGCACCAUCAUCUUUACCAUCACCAGACUCUCCAUCAUCCUCAUCAUCCUCUCCUUCACCCUCAUCAUCUUCACCAUCACCAGACUCACAAUCACCCUCAUCAUCCUCACCUUCAGCACCAUCAUCUUCACCAUCACCAGACUCUCCAUCAUCUUCACCAUCACCAGACUCUCCAUCAUCAUCUUCAGCACAAUCAUCCUCUCUAUUGCCAGACUCUCUAUCAUCCUCAUUAUCCUCACCUUCAGCACCAUCAUCUUCACCAUCACCAGACUCUCCAGCAUCAUCUUCAGCACCAUCAUCCUCUCUAUUGCCAGACUCUCCAUCAUCCUCACCUUCAGCAUCAUCAUCUUCACCAUCACCAGACUCUCCAUCAUCCUCAUCAUCCUCACCUUCACCCUCAUCAUCUCCACCAUCACCAGACUCUCCAUCAUCCUCACCUCCACCCUCAUCAUCUCCACCAUCACCAGACUUACCAUCACCCUCAUCAUCCUCACCUUUAGCAUCAUCAUCUUCACCAUCACCAGACUCUCAAUCAUCAUCUUCAGCACCAUCAUCCUCACCUUCACCAGACUCUCCACCAUCCUCACCUUCAGCACCAUCAUCUUCACCAUCACCAGACUCUCCAUCAUCCUCACCUUCACCCUCAUCAUCUCCACCAUCACCAGACUUACCAUCACCCUCAUCAUCCUCACCUUCAGCAUCAUCAUCUUCACCGUCACCAGACUCUCAAUCAUCAUCUUCAGCACCAUCAUCCUCACCUUCACCACACUCUCCACCAUUCUCACCUUCAGCAUCAUCAUCUUCACCAUCACCAGACUCUCCAUCAACCUCACCUUCAGCACCAUCAUCCUCACCAUCACCAGAUUCUCCAUCAUCCUCACUUUCAGCACCAUCAUCCUCACCAUCACCAGACUCUCCAUCACCCUCUUCAUCCUCACCUUCAGCAUCAUCAUCUUCACCAUCACCAGACUCCCCAUCAUCCUCACCAUCAUUAGACUCUCCAUCAUUCUCAUCUUCAGCACCAUCAUUCUCUCUAUCGCCAGUCUCUCCAUCAUCAUCUUCGCCACCAUCAUCCUCUCUAUUGCCAGAAUCUCCAUCAUCUUCACCUUCAGCACCAUCAUCUUCACCAUCACCAGACUCUCCAUCAUCAUCUUUAGCACCAUCAUCAUCCUCACCUUCAGCACCAUCAUCCUCACCAUCACCAGACUCUCCAUCAUCCUCACUAUCACAAGACUCAACAUCAUUCUCACCUUCAGCACCAAACUCUCCAUCACCCUCAUCAUCCUCACCUUCAGCAACAUCCUCCUCACCUUCACAAGACUCUCCAUCAUCCUCAUCUUCAGCACCAUCAUCCUCUCCAUUGACAGCCUUUCCAUCAUACUCAUCACACUCAUCUUCAGCACCAUCAUCCUCUACAUCGAUAGACUUUCCAUCACCAUCUUCAGCACCAUCAUCCUCACCUUCACCAGACUCUCUAUCACCUUCAGCAUCAUCAUCAUCCCCAUCAACUUUACACCCAGAUACUCCAUUAUUCUCAUCUUUAGGAUCAUCAUCAUCCUCACCCUCAACAUCAUCAUCAGCAGACUCACUAUCAUCCACUUAUUCAUCAUCAUUAUCUUCACCUUCAUCACCAGACUUGCAAAGAUCCUUACCUUCAUCAUCCUCACCAAACUCUCCAUCAUUACCAGACUCACCUUCAUCACCAAACUCUCCAUCAUUACCAGACUCACCAUCAUCACCAAACUCUCCAUCAUCACCAGACUCACCAUCAUCACCAAACUCUCCAUCAUCACCAGACUCACCAUCAUCCUCACCCUCGACAUUAUCAUCGUCCUUACCAUCCUCAUCAUCAGACUCGCCGUCAUCCUCAGCUUCACCAACCUUACCCUCAUUAUCCUCCACACCAUCAGCAUCAUCAUCCUCACUAUCAUCACCAGACUCUCUAUCAUUCUCACCUUCGACAUCAUCUUCCUCACUUUCAGCAUCAACAUCCUCAACAUCAUCAUCACCAGAUUCUCAAUCAUCCUCACCUUCAGCAUCUUCAUCAUCAUCUGACUCUCCAUUAUCCUUUUCAUCCUCACAUUCAUCAUCAACCUCCCAAUCAUAUGAAUCAUCAUCAUCAUCAUCAUCAUCAUCUGUAGAUAAGAAGAAAAUGACCACAGGUCUGCGUGUGUAUGUGCGCUCCAGGACUAAUGUGGAAGCAACACUACAGGUUUUGCGAAGUCCCAGUGUUCAGAACCUCCAUUGCUCUGCUGUGCUGGACGAAAUGAUCAAUGCCUCAGAGGGUGUUUUUGUGACGAAUUCCUCACAAUCGACCGUAGCACCUUCUUCAGAAACAUCUUUUCCAACUUCACUACCAUCUUCAUCAUUACCUUCAUUACCAGUAACAGCACAAACUUCACCACCUCCAUUAUCAAUCUCACCACCACCACCUUCAGCAUCCUCAAUUUCAUUUGCAAACUCUUCAUCAUCGCCACCUUCAUCCACAUCAUCACUAACUUCAUCAACCUCACCAUCAUCUUCAGCAUCGUCAACAUCUUUCCCAAACUCGUCAUCAUCACAAUCACCAUUUUUACCAACGUCAUCACCUUCACUACCACCAACCUCACCACCAUCUUCAGUAUCCUCAACAUCAUUUCCAACCUCAUCAUCUACCUCACCACCAACUUCAGCAUCCUCAGCAUCAUCACCAUUUUUACCAACAUUAUCACCAAAUUCUCCACCUUUACCACCACCAACCUCACCACCACCUUCAUCAUCCUCAACAUCACCACCUUCAUCAUAUAUACGAACACCACCACCUUCACCACCUUUACCACCACCAACCUCAACACCAUCUUCAACGUCCUCAACAUCAUUUCCAACCUCAUCAUCAUCACCUCAAUCUACACCACCUUUAUCCUCAUCAACCUCACCAUCAUCUUCAGCAUCCUCAACAUCAUUUCCAACCUCAUCAUCAUCACAAUCACCAUUUUUACCAACCUCAUUUCCAACCAUCCUCAGCAUCAUUUACAACCUCAUCACCAUUUUUAUCAACAUCAUCACCAACUUCUUCAGCAUUAUUUACAAGCUCAUCACCAUCUUUACCAACAUCUUCAAUGUCGUCAACGUCAUUUCCAAACUCAUCACCACAAUCUUCACCACCUUUAUCUUCAUCACCAUCACCAACUUCAUCAUCAUCAUCAACCUCAACAUUAUCUUCAGCAUCCUCAACAUCAUUCCCAACCUCAUCAUCAUCAUCAUCACAAUCACCAUUUUUACCAACAUCAUCACCAACAUCCCGACCUUUACUACCACCAACCUCACCACCAUCUUCAACGUCUUCAACAUUAUUUUCAACCUCAUCCUCACCACCACCUUCUCAACCUCAGCACCAUCUUCAACAUCAUGUACAACCUCGUCAUCACAACCUUCAUCAUCAUCAAGCUCACCACCAACUUCAGCAUCAUUUACAACCUCAUCACCACCAACACUACUUUUACCGAAAUCAACUUCACCACCACCGAUGUUCUCAACAUCAUUUCCAACAUCAUCAUCACCACAAUCUUCACCGCCUUUGUCAUCAUCAACUUCACCACUAUCUUCAACAUCCUUAACAUCCUUUCCAACAUCAAUUCAAACCUCAUCAUCAUCAUCAUCAUCAUCAUCAUCAUCAUCAACAUCAACAUCCCAAAAAGAAAAUAUCAGAGCCUUCAUCCAAGUGCAUAUUCACUCCACAGACAACGAAGAGGCGGCGAUGAAGGCUGUGCAGACUUCUAUUCUCCAGCUGAUGAAGAGACAGGGAUGUGAAAACUGCAGUGUACGAGUGCUACAAAUCAACAAGAAAAAGAACUGA